AUGUCGCAUAACGCGUCCUCACACUCUUUAGAGCGUAUUAAUCCGUUUGAUCAAGAGCAGGAUGUGGUAGAUGCUCAGUGCUCCGACAUUUGUGCUUUGUACAACGCACCGGUCGCAGCUGCAAGCGAAGCACCAACUCUACAGGACUUUACUGAUCCUGUGCAGGAGGAUUUUUUCGAUGAACCUUUGAUUAACGUGGACUCAACAUCGGCAGUUGCGGAACUGGAGGAUGCAAUACUGCGUUGCAAACACAUGGUACUGGCCGCAUCAAAUGAGGAUGAAGCGAAACGCCAACGCCUACUCGAUCGCCUGAUCGAGUUGCGUUGCAUAUUGCACAAUAUCAAGGAAAGCGCCACAGGAAUACCCAGUGAUUCACCCACUUCACCAAGUUUCAUCAACGGCCCAUCUGAGCCUUUAAUUUACGAUCGUGGGAGCAGUGAAUCUCUUCCGGCUGCAUCAUCUAAACGGUCGCUGACAACGCCAUGUAUGCAGUCUCCUAGAAACCAUCGGGACUCUAGGUGUAUUACUGGGCCGGGUGGCCAUCAGUUUCGUCUUGUCCUACCGCUUCGUUAUCUAGGCAUGACAUGCGAGCAUUGUCUAGAUCCGAUCAGAAACCCAUCGAAACGUGUACUUUCUUGCACUGCUUGUCACAUUGUUUGUCACUCACAACUCUGCCUUCGUGGUCUUACUCGUCGCUGUCCGGCUGUAGUGGAUAGUUCAGUCGAAUGGCGUUUUUCACCCACUCCGAUGUCCUCAAGACAGCACAGAAGGCGAACUUUGUCCAGAUCGUUCAGAGUCGAUCCAGCGUCUACUAUUAGACGAACUCGUAGCGUCUGUGAGCCGGAUGCAUCUGAAUCUCACUUGUGGGAGAAUACUACCAAGUUAUCACAGUUCCGCUCUCUCGAGGUCAGUAGACUCACCUAUGUUGGUGCUAGUUUGUCAGCUCAGUGUUGGGCGUGUUUUGAGUGUCAGCAGCCGCUUUGCCCUGCACCCAACCGUACCGUUACACCUGAACGGUCUGUAAUGACAUCGCUGGUGCAAAGGGCAGGUAGUGUAUUCGAAUCUGGGAUUGGUUUGCUUACCAAACAGGCAACUGAAACUGGGGGUGAGAAACCCACUAGCCACAGCCACUCCCCGCAGAUAUGUUCCCAGGACCCUACCUUAUCGAAUUUCAGUGCUCACUUACUUGGACCGAAAACAGUCAAUAUCACUUCAGAUCCAUCGUCGACUACAUGUUUGAGUUGGGCGUACUCCUCCGCGCUACAUGAUCUUGGUCCACUACAAACCUGGGAAGAUGCCCGAGUUCACGAGGCAGUUAAUCGAUUCAGUCGAAUGUCGAAUUCAGUUCGCCAACCCCGCUUGGUUGGUGGGGAGGUCCGGAUGUAUCAAACGACUAAUGCUCGCGUCAAACAACAAGCAGAAGCAGCGUUGCGCCCUUCAAAUGCAACCGAAUUUGACGCUGCUCGUCUUUGUUACUACACUGGAAAAUUUUACUGCUCCCGAUGUCAUUGGGGCGAUUCUCAUCUUAUACCUGCUUGCAUUUUUGUGCUAGGUGACAAUCGUCCGAAGCCGGUCUGCCGGUCUUCUUUGCUAUGGUUAACUUACUCCUGGUCGCGUCAUCUGUUCCGUGUUCCUGACGCUUGGUAUCGAUAUGAGCCACAUGCCCGAAAAUUUUGCUCACUUCGACUGAGGGCCUUCCGACUUCGACCAUAUUUGGAUAUCUGUGAUGCUAUACGGGAAUUACAGCGAACUUCAGAGCUUUUGAGUCCUUCCUGGCUGUUAGAACAACCCUAUACUUUCAACAUGGCCGUUGUCAUUCAAGUACUGGAUGGGACGAUUAUUGAUCGGCUGCAGAAAUUUCUUUCCUUGGUCGAUGAUCACGUUCAGUCAUGUGAUAUUUGCUCAUCUCGUGUUUCUGACCGGUGUGGGGUCUGUAACGAUGGCCCUGUCCGUCCGUACCAACUCAAGAGUGCAUUCUGCUAUAAGUGUCGACGGGUUUGUCACCGAUAUUGCCUGCUCAAGCCGCUCCCAGUAUCUAUAGAACACUUAACCGACCAGUCGGAAUCGGAUAAAGACGAUUGGGUCGAAGUCACUUAUCCGGUUGUCAGAGCUGUUUGUCGCAAAUGCGGCUAGAAGGCGGAAUCAUCUGAUCAAUCUGCCGUGAUACAGUCUUUCGAUACAUCCUUACAGUCGUGCGGCUUAUAAUUCACCAAAUGUUUCUCUAUUUUUCUCCCUUCUUGUUCUCUCUCACUCUCUCUCAGUGACUGCUUAUUUUCGUUAUUCAUGCUACUUUUGGGUGUCUUUGGGAUGACGUAAAUAUAGAUUAUUUCUGCG